AUGGAUGAAAAUCUGAUAACAAAACUUGAUGUAAAAACAUUAAAACAUCAUGGUAUCAUUGGCGAAGAUUUAUUAGGUUGGUUUUUACCGAUGAAUAUUUCUGAAAAAUAUGAAAUAAGUAACAGAACUUUCUUUUACAAUUGUUCAUCACCAUGGUUUGGUACAAAAUGUGAAUUUCAAUUUUCUUAUGAUCCAUCGAUAACAUUCAGCGAAAUUUUCAUUCGACGAUCAACACAAUCAGAGAACGCAGGUACAUGUUAUCGAUUCAUCGAAAAUUGCCAGGGAAAAUCAUGGCUAUUCUGUCUUGAUUGGCGUGAAAUAUGUAACAGAAGAAUUGAUUGUCUUAAUAGUGAAGACGAACGAUAUUGUGAAGAACUCAAAUUGAAUGAAUGUAAUGAAAACAAAUAUCGGUGUCAUAAUAGUCAAUGUAUUUCCUAA